UCCCGUAGCUCUGAGUACGCUAGCUAGCUAGCUAGGUAGCAGCAAAUUGGUAACGGCAUUUGCAUUUAUUUGUUCCAACAUAAACUAAUAACUUUAAAACGGAUAAAAAUCCGCUUUAUGUCGAAUAAUAACCAUCAUUCGCUGUCUGCGGCGCGUGGUCUCUCAUAAAACUUGGUUGUUAUUGUUGUUUCGCUAGCUCAUAUUGCCAUUAUUACGGACUUGAAUGCAGUGCAGUACUUCCACAAACGCUCAUUUGGGCUGUGAAUUCAUCAUGGAUAUUUCAAUAGAAUAAAUACUUAGUCGACAACGUAGCUCGUUAAUUCGUGAUCAGAACAUCGUUGCCGAGGCGUCUUACCUUGACAUGUGUUCAUGAAAGGUUGGAGGACAUGGUCGUGAAUCUGUGCCUGCCACACUUCAACACAAACAUUAGCUGCAGCAAGUUGUGCGCUGAUGGGUACGAUGUCACCAACCUUAUUUCGGCGGACCCCGCUCUGCGGAGGCGGGGCUUCAAGCUGGAGUACUUUUUACGUCCUCCCGUGCAGGUGACGUUAAGGUUCGGCUUCCGGGUGGAGCUGUGCCGGGUGGACGCGGAGCUGUGGCCCUGGGGCUUCGACCGAGGACAGUGCAUCAAGAGGCUGGAGAUCAGCACCAGCUCCGAUCCGCUCCCCACCCGGAAUAUUGGCCAGGAACCGGUUGACGAGGGGCUCCAGAGGCAGGCCUGUCAGGAGCAGCGCCAUCAAGCGCGUCUGUUGAAGGCCCGCCGGGCCCAGAAGUGGGGUGAGAAGAAUUCGGUUGGGCCUCAGCCAGAGAGCCAGACCCAGUCAGGCACUCCUGAGGAGGACUUUAAAAUAGUGGGCCGUUGUGAACUCAGGGAGGAAACGAAAGUUAGUUUCUCCCGUUCACCUUUUCACCGGCGGCCCCCCUUCGUCUGCCCUCCCCCUCCGCUCCCGGACGACGGUCGCCGAGAGGAUCUGCGGAGCCGGGGACACCUCUCUUUGACGUCCGUCACGCAACUCCGCGUGACGCUGCCUUUCGGCGGCUCCGCGUCGGCGCUCGGGCUCAAGGCCUUGGCGGUGUGGGGGCAACCGGCUCUUUGCUGCCCCCCGGAGGACGUUGAAGAGAUCGAGCGCGUCCACAAGGCCAGUCAAGGAGCGUUACGUCAACCUGUCCCUGCUGUCAAUCCGAUCAAAUCCUCCUGCCACCGCACACCCACAAGCGUCCAGUCUCUUAAUUCAAUCCCUGAGGAGUUCCUUGACCCCAUCACCCAGGAAGUGAUGUCACUUCCCAUGCUGCUCCCGAGCGGCACGUCCGUGGACAGCAGCACCCUGGAGGAGCACCGGAAGACGGAAGCGUCCUGGGGGAGACCCGCGAGCGACCCGUUCACCGGCGUCCCCUUCACGGCCGCCUCCCGGCCGCUCCCGAAUCCGCGGUUGAAAAGCCGGAUCGACCGUUUCCUCCUUCAGAAUGGCGACUUCAGGAGGGACGGGACGACGGGGAGACGAGGGGAGGGUGAAAAGCCGCAACCCUCCAGGCUCGUCGGCUCUUUGGCGCCGAGCGGUAAUCGACGUAUGGCGGCUGCCGCAAGAGAGGAGCCCGCGUCGGGACCCUCGUCGGAUCGUGGAAACGCUUCACCUGGCUCGACGCUUCUUAACAAAAACGCGACACUCGAGAUUGACGGAGUCAAGAAACGAAAUUUGGAUGGAUCGGAACCACCUGCGGCUGUGCAACUGCUACGACCUCAAAGCAAACGAGCGCGAAGUGACACAACGUCAGUCUCUUCCGGAGGCCGCAGCAGCAGCAGCAGCAGGAGCAGCAGCAGCAGCAACUCGCACGAACAACGUCUGUCGGCCAGCCUGGACGAUGCCCUCUUCUCCGUCUUAAAGGGACGACCCUCCUUUACGUCAAACUUGUCCCCGCGGGGGCCGACCCCUCCUGUCGCUGUGUCGCUGGACGCUCCGAGUCCUUGUGAGGCCGCUGUUCCGAGUGAUGCAGGCGAGAAGACGUGCUCACGUUGUUCGGCGGCGCUCUCCCCGUACCCGACGCGGCCGUCGCCCGUUUACCGGCUGCCCUGCGGCCAUUUGCUGUGCCGCGCCUGCCUGCAAAGUCGCUCGGCGGCGGCGGCGGCCUCGGCCCGCGUCCUGUGCCGUACCUGCCGAAGCGCCGCCUCUCGCGCCGACAUCGUUCGCGUGCAUCACUAGCCUGCCCGGAGACAACGGAAGUGGGGGGGAAAGGAAAAAAAAAAAGAAAAUUGCUCUCAAGGCGAAGGUACGGAAAGUAAAUGUUUGUCCUUGUUCGUUGCUACAUUCUCAGGUGUACGGAGGACGUCAAGAAGUAUUGCAUAAAACUGAUUAGGAAAAAAAAAAUGGAACUGUUGUCCUCCCUUUUUGUAGUCUCGCCAUUGAGCGCCUCAGCCUUGGUUCAGAUGGCUUGUGGACACACAAAAGAAGCCUGAGGACAGCGCGCAGCACAGCCGAGUGGGUGGGGGGGGG